GUCCAGUUAUCCCUUUAUAGGGUUAUGUCUCUUUCUUUAUUAGCCCGGGGGCUUUAUUCCAGCAGAUUAGGACAGAGUCAACGAAGCAAAAGUCAGUCGCAGGGUUGCAUCUCCACUCCUAGUCGCUUUUCCUCCCUCUUGCUCCACUGCUCUUAGCUCCUGUAGGCCUCCAGGCCCGGACCACCUAUCUGAACCCCGCAGUGCAGGCAGGAGCAGGUGUGUGUCGGUAGAUCAUGGGCGCCUACGAGUCCAACCUGGACGACAUCCUGGCGGAGGACAUGCACCACUGGUACAACAAGUUCAUGAAGGAGUCUCCGUCCGGCCUGAUCACGCUGUUCGAGCUGAAGACCAUGCUGGAGAUGCAGGGCAUGACGGAGGAGGCCAGCAGCUAUGUAGACCAGGUCUUCUUCACCUUCGAUAUGGACGGGGAUGGAUAUAUAGACUUUGUGGAAUACAUCGCAGCUGUCAGUUUGUUGCUGAAAGGGGAAAUCAACCAGAAACUGAAGUGGUACUUCAAACUCUUUGAUCAGGAUGGAAACGGGAAAAUUGACCAAGAUGAAAUGGGCACAAUAUUCAAGGCCAUCCAAGACAUCACCAGAUGUUAUGACCCCCCGACAGAGGAGAUUGUUGCUCUCAUCUAUGAGAAGGUGGAUAUCAAUAAUGAAGGUGAGUUGACUCUUGAGGAGUUCAUUGAGGGAGCGAAGGAUCACACUGACAUCAUGGAGAUGUUGGGCAAGAUGAUGGACCUCACCAACGUCCUGGAGAUUAUCGUCAAUGGACAGAAGAAGCGUGUCAAACCACCACAGUGACGACAUCACUUCCUGUUGCACUGACUGUGAGACUAUACGGAGUAGAUGGCUGAUGAGGUUGUUGAGAACAGCUGCAGUGAUUUUCUGCAGUGAUCUGGCAGGGACAGUAAUGAUGGUGGAAUGUUUUAUAUUAUAUAUAAAAUAGAAGUAUACAAAAAAGCCCCAACAAAACCAAGCAGCUUGAGGAUAAGGUGGACAUACGUGAGUAGAAGGAUCCAUGUCCUAAAUCUUCAUUGAUCAGGAUCACUGAGUUGAGGUCUGGAAGAGCCACACCAGGAGGCCCUGUGACACAUCUUGCCUAUAAUGCUGGCUUCCAAAAUGACCUCCUAUUCCCUAUUCCUUAUUCCCUAUUCCCUAGAGUGUUGUGGUAGGGAAGAGGGAGCCACUGUGGAAGCAUGUGUUCUCCAUGUUAUGAACUGGCACUAAACACUGGCUUCAUGAAACAAGCCGUGGGAAAGGAGCUCCCAUGGAGAAGUUGUUUUCACAUUUGUUUUGUACGUUGCACUACAGUUUUAAAUUUGAGACUUCCCCAUGUCCCAGAAUGUCUUUUGGUGGAUAUCUAUAUAAGUAAAGACCAAUGUCUGCCAAUCCAGUAUGCCUUGCCAAUGGUCAUUUUCUUCAGACGCUCAACAGCUGUCACACAGGAAGGCUUGGUCUGGUCUGAUCUGUUUAAAAUCACCUAGUAAAAAUGUUUUUUCUGUGUAUCUGUCAUCCCAUGAUAACUGCUGUCAAAGUAAUCCGUGGAAUACAUUAUAUAUAUUUUCACUACAUGAUUUUCAAGGCCAAAAUAAUUCACUAUAACAAUAUUAUCGCAAUAUCUAUAGAAUAUUUGAAGAGAAAAAUUAUGUUCAGUAAUAAUCGGUCAAAUUAAUCUUGAACUGUGUGUUUUUUCUCUUUUUUGGCAAACAAAUUGCACUCAAAAUAAGAGUAUGGGGAGGUGGAGAGAGAAUCUGUAAACAUAACUAUUAUAUAUGAUUUCCCUAAUGGGGCCAAUGAUUUCAAUGCCACUGUAUGGGGCCAGACUUGUUGUUUAAGAACAUGCAUCGUUUGUAGGUGACAUGAAUGAGGUAUAGAGAAACCGAGAGGAGUGUGUGAAAGAAUACGUCAUUUUCUCCAGGUGAAUAGGCUACAAAACAACACGUAUUUGCGGAUCUCUCCUGGGGGUUCUAGUGGGGCUAACAAGUUGGUUUCAACACCAGUGUAUGGGUCCAGACUCGUAAUGUAAGAACAUGUAUCGUUUGUCUAUAGGUGACAUGAAUAAGCUCGUUUUUGGAAAAAUACACCUCAAUUUUUGCAAUACGAUAUUAUCAUAUGUGUAUUAUUAACAUGAUAUCAAUAUUUUAUUUUUUAAAUAUCAAGGUUAUCAUCAAUACCGGUAUAUCACAACACCCCUAUUAUGUAACACAUAAAUGACCUACCCACAGAGCCAGAGACUCAUUUAGGGGUUGGCCUAAUUAUAUACAUUUUGGCAGCUCUUUGAGCCUUAAAUGCCAUAAUGAGCUUGGUCUCAAUUAAAGCACCAGGAGGAAGCCCAAGAACCGAGAACGAAUUGACACAUUUUAAACUUAGGGUUUAAACUAGGGUUGCUGCAUAGUUGGGGUCUUGAAUUCUAAUUAUAUUAUUAGUAUUAAGGAUACAAUAUUUCAAGAAGCUGGUAUUGUACAGUACCAGUCCAAAUUAGACACACUAAUUUGAAUAACACCCACCCAUGUGAAUUUUGGACACACCCACACUGAAUGGGUAAUUGCGCACCUAACUUUUGAAUGGUAAUGUAUUUAUCCAAAGGUCACAAACAUUUUAUAAACAUAAAACAAUUUUCAUUUCAAGAAAUAAACAUAUAAUUUUCAUCACAAUUGAGUGAAGAUGUUUUUUGGUUCAGCUUUGUUUGGUUCAUCUGAGCUGAGACCCUACAUCUGAACGUCACACCACUUUUGAGGGUCUAAAAGUGUCUGAAAGUCUUUGGUUUUAGACUGAUUUAUCUCUUGAAGACUGUGUCCAUGCGACUACUGUAUGAUGAAACUGCACUGUCUGUUUUGAUUGAAUGAUUGAUAUACAAAUGUUCUAUGUAACGUGAAUGACAUUUUAAAGCUUGUGUGUGUAUUUUAAACAAGCAUUUAGGUUGCCUUAAUUUAAUCAUUAAAACCUGUUUAAAUUUGAUAAAAUCCCAGGUAUUACAUAUU